UAGACGUAGGUGUUGUAAAACUUUCCAAUUUUAAUAUUAGAAAAAUAUGGGUAACAGAUCUAGCCUUCUUUUGCGCGAAGAAGAAAUAGCGCAAAUUCAAGAAGCCACUGGAUUUACACCAAAUCAAAUAGAACGGUUGUAUAGUCGUUUCACUAGCCUUGAUCGUGGAGACUGUGGAACACUUAGCAGGGAAGAUUUCCUGAGGAUACCAGAGUUAGCAAUAAAUCCUCUGGGUGAUAGGAUUGUAAAUGCUUUCUUUGAGGAAAGUGGUAAUGAUAGGGUGAAUUUCCUACAAUUUAUGCAAGUGCUGGCUCACUUUAGACCUAUUAAAAAUAAUAGUCCAGACAGAUUAAAUUCUAGGGAAGAGAAAUUGAGAUUUGCAUUCAAAAUGUAUGACUUGGAUAAUGAUGAUUUAAUAUCAAAGGAUGAACUUCUAGCAAUUUUGCACAUGAUGGUUGGUGCAAAUAUUAGCGAGGAACAAUUAACUAGUAUUGCAGAAAGAACUAUAUUAGAGGCUGAUGAGAAUGGCGAUGGCAUGAUAUCAUUUGAGGAAUUUUGUAAAGCACUAGAGAGGACAGAUGUAGAACAAAAAAUGUCUAUAAGAUUGUAACUAUCGACACCUCAUCACGAUGCCCGAAGCACUAGAUUUUGCAUACGCAAAAUGAUGAGGAAAUAUUUUAUCGUAU